CUGAGGCUCUCGCGGUGUCCCUGGAAGUAGUUCCGACAUUCCCUCCUCAGGUCCAGGGUGUUACGCUGCCGAAGCCUCAUCACUUUGUGAUUAUUUUAUGAAGCAGAGAGGCGUCAAUAAGUCCCCAAAGAAUGCGGCAGGGCUAGCGGUUUGCCAGGAGGAGGCUGCGGGGUGGCUGCGGGGCCUGAAGCAGAGAAGGCGGCGAGAGCAGGCUGGAGAAGGGGCGCCCAAAAGGCCGACGUGAAUGCAUUUGCGAUAGGAGCAGGAGGAGGGAUUUGGCCUUCAGAAAUCCAAGCAAGGGGGCGGCAUGCGUUGUUCCUGCGCGCGGCCUCCCUCCCGGGCUUCCAAAGGGAAGGAGGAUCGAGGCUGCCUGGACUGAGGGAAGGAGGGAGGCCGCGAGUGCGUGCGUGCGUGCGCAGGCGAGUGGCCCUCCUGUUGGCGCGAGGCGGGGGCCAUGGGGGCGCGCGCCCCUUCCCCUCCUCCUCCGUCCCCCGGCGACGAGUAGUGUUUCGGGAAGAGAGGACAGACAAAGCGGGGGCCAAAGAGAAAGACCCUUUCCUGGCCGAGGCCUCUUCCAAUUGUUUCGGCGCCGCUCCGUUUCUGCCCCUGCGAAAGAAUGAGAGGGCGGCCGAGGAGGUGUUGCUCUCCUCCUCCGCCGCCACCUUCGCCUCCCCGCCGGUGAGAGCCAGAGGAGGGAAGAUGGGCGCCGUGCUGAGGAGCCUCCUAGUCUGCGGUUUGUGUUCCCUGACGAGAGCUUCUCCUCUGUUGCUAUAUGCAAAUCGGCGUGAUCUACGACUGGUGGAUGCUGCACAGGUGAAUGAGAAUGCUACAGUUGUGGUGAGUGGUUUGGAAGAUGCAGCUGCAGUGGACUUCAUCUUCAUCCAUGGCUUGAUAUAUUGGAGUGAUGUGAGUGAAGAAGCCAUUAAAAGGACAGAAUUCAACAAAACGGGGAAUGUGCAAAAUGUGGUCAUUUCUGGACUGUUGUCACCUGAUGGGCUGGCUUGUGAUUGGCUAGGUGAGAAACUAUACUGGACAGAUUCUGAAACAAACCGGAUUGAAGUUUCCAAUUUAGAUGGAUCUUUGCGGAAAGUUUUAUUCUGGCAAGAGUUGGAUCAACCCAGAGCAAUUGCCUUAGAUCCUGCAAGAGGGUUCAUGUACUGGACAGAUUGGGGAGAAGUGCCAAAGAUAGAGCGUGCUGGGAUGGAUGGGUCAACCCGCUCAAUUAUAAUCACUGCAGACAUUUAUUGGCCCAAUGGAUUAACCUUAGAUUAUGAAGAUCAGAAGCUGUAUUGGGCAGAUGCCAAACUGAACUUUAUUCACAGAUCAAAUCUAGAUGGAACCCACCGAGAAGCUGUUAUUAAAGGAUCUCUUCCACAUCCUUUUGCUCUAACCUUAUUUGGAGAUACGCUGUACUGGACUGACUGGACCACUCGCGCUGUCUUGGCUUGCAACAAAUACACGGGAGAGAACCUGCGUGAAAUACAUUCAAACAUCUUUUCUCCCAUGGAUAUUCAUGUUUUUAAUCAACAGAGGCAACCCAAUGCUACAAAUCCAUGCGGAACCAAUAAUGGUGGUUGCUCCCAUUUGUGUUUGAUGUCUCCUGUGAAACCUUCUUACCAGUGUGCAUGUCCCACUGGUGUAAAACUCCUUGAGAAUGAAAAGACCUGCAAAGAUGGUGCCAUGGAGUUGCUCUUGUUAGCUCGAAGGACUGACCUAAGGCGGAUAUCCUUAGAUACUCCUGAUUUCACGGAUAUUGUUUUGCAACUAGAAGACAUUCGUCAUGCCAUUGCUAUUGAUUAUGAUCCUGUAGAAGGAUACAUCUACUGGACAGAUGAUGAGGUGAGAGCCAUCCGGCGCUCUUUCAUAGAUGGAUCAGCUAGCCAGUUUGUUGUCCAGGCACAAAUUGCACAUCCUGAUGGCAUUGCUGUCGAUUGGAUUGCUCGAAACCUUUAUUGGACUGAUACUGGUACAGACCGUAUUGAAGUUACAAGGCUUAAUGGGACCAUGAGGAAGAUCUUGAUCUCAGAAGAACUGGAAGAACCGAGAGCUAUAGUUCUGGAUCCUAUGGUUGGUUACAUGUAUUGGACUGACUGGGGAGAGAUUCCAAAGAUUGAGAGGGCAACAUUAGAUGGAUCGGACAGAGUUGUACUGGUGAAUACUUCACUUGGAUGGCCUAAUGGAUUGGCCCUGGACUAUGUUGAACACAAGAUAUAUUGGGGCGAUGCCAAAACAGAUAAAAUUGAGGUGAUGAACGCAGAUGGAACCAACAGGAGAGUCCUUGUGGAGGAUAAGCUGCCUCAUAUCUUCGGCUUCACACUUUUGGGAGAUUAUAUUUAUUGGACAGACUGGCAACGGCGAAGCAUUGAGCGAGUUCACAAGCGGACAGCAGAAAGGGAGAUAAUUAUUGACCAGCUACCUGAUCUCAUGGGUUUGAAGGCUACAAAUGUCCACCAGAUAACUGGUACAAAUCCUUGUGCAGAAUUAAAUGGGGGUUGCAGUCAUCUUUGCCUGUACAGGCCUCAAGGUUUGCGCUGCGCCUGCCCCAUAGGCCUGGAGCUCAUAAAUGACAUGAAGACCUGCAUAGUUCCAGAAGCUUUUUUGCUGUUUUCCCGUAGAGCUGAUAUAAGGAGAAUCUCUUUGGAAACUAACAACAAUAAUGUUGCAAUUCCACUCACGGGAGUUAAAGAAGCUUCUGCUCUAGAUUUUGAUGUGACUGAUAAUCGGAUAUAUUGGACAGACAUUUCAUUAAAGACCAUCAGCAGAGCAUUCAUGAAUGGAAGUGCCCUGGAGCAUGUGGUUGAAUUUGGCUUAGACUACCCAGAAGGCAUGGCUGUGGAUUGGCUAGGAAAAAACCUGUAUUGGGCUGAUACAGGAACAAAUCGUAUUGAAGUGUCCAAGUUAGAUGGACAACAUCGCCAGGUACUUGUGUGGAAGGAUCUUGAUAGUCCUCGGGCUUUGGCACUGGAUCCUGCUGAAGGGUUCAUGUACUGGACAGAAUGGGGUGGCAAGCCAAAAAUAGACAGAGCUGCAAUGGAUGGUAGUGAACGCAGUACCUUGGUGCCAAAUGUGGGACGGGCAAAUGGACUGACAAUCGAUUAUGUUAAAAGAAGAUUAUAUUGGACUGAUCUAGAUACAAAUCUGAUUGAAUCAUCAAAUAUGUUAGGUCUUGACCGUGAUGUUAUAGCUGAUGACCUGCCUCAUCCAUUUGGUCUGACUCAAUACCAGGAUUACAUCUACUGGACAGAUUGGAGCCGGCGUAGCAUUGAGCGUGCCAACAAAACCAGUGGCCAAAACAGAACUAUAAUCCAAAACCACUUGGAUUAUGUGAUGGAUAUCUUAGUCUUCCAUUCAUCCCGGCAAGCUGGCUGGAAUGAGUGUGCUUCCAGUAAUGGGCAUUGCUCCCACCUCUGUUUGGCAGUGCCUGUUGGUGGUUUUGUUUGUGGAUGUCCAGCUCACUAUUCCUUAAACUCUGACAACAAAACAUGUAGCGCCCCUACAAGUUUCUUACUCUUCAGUCAAAAGAAUGCAAUCAAUCGCAUGGUGAUAGAUGAGCUGCAGAGUCCAGAUAUCAUCCUUCCAAUCCACAGCCUCAGAAAUGUUCGAGCCAUUGACUAUGACCCACUAGACAAGCAGCUGUACUGGAUUGACUCUAGACAGAAUGUUAUCAGGAGAUCCCAAGAGGAUGGCAGCCAGAGCUUUACAGUUGUGAUGAGUCCAGUUCCAAAUCAGAACCUAGAUAUACAACCUUAUGAUUUGAGCAUUGACAUCUACAGCCGCUACAUCUAUUGGACUUGUGAAGCCAACAAUGUAAUCAAUGUGACACGCCUAGAUGGGAGGCCGAUGGGAGUAGUGCUGAAAAGUGAUCAGGAUCGGCCCAGGGCCAUUGUUGUGAACCCAGAGAAAGGGUAUAUGUAUUUUACCAAUCUCCAGGAAAGGUCUCCUCCUAAGAUAGAAAGGGCAGCAUUGGAUGGAACUGAACGUGAAGUCCUCUUUUCUAAUGGACUGAGCAAACCAGUUGCCUUGGCAGUUGACAGCCAGCUAGGCAAGCUGUUCUGGGCAGAUUCUGACUUGCGAAGAAUUGAGAGCAGUGACCUUUCAGGUGCCAAUCGUAUAGUUUUAGAAGAUUCCAAUAUACUUCAACCUAUAGGACUGACAGUGUUUGAAAAUUGGCUCUACUGGAUUGAUAGGCAUCAACAGAUGAUUGAAAAAAUUGAUAUGACUCGUCAAGAUAGACGUACCAAAGUUCAGGCUCGUAUUGCUCAACUCAGUGAUAUACAUGCUGUUAAAGAACUCAACAUGCAGGAAUAUAAACUGCACCCUUGUUCCCAGGAUAAUGGAGGUUGUUCACAUAUUUGUAUUGUGAAAGGUGAUGGAACCACUCGUUGUUCUUGCCCCAUACACCUUGUCCUGCUUCAAGAUGAACUUUCUUGUGGAGAACCACCAACAUGCUCCCCUCAACACUUCACGUGUUUCACAGGGGAGAUUGACUGCAUUCCUGUAGCUUGGCGCUGUGAUGGGUUCACUGAAUGUGAAGAUGCCAGUGAUGAAAAAAACUGUCCUGUAUGCUCAGAAUCCCAGUUCCAGUGUGACAGUGGGCAGUGCAUUGACAGUGCCCUUCAGUGCAAUGGAGAACCAAAUUGCCAAGAUAGCUCAGAUGAAAAGAAAUGUGAAGUGCUUUGCUUAACAGAUCAGUUCCGAUGUUCCAGUGGUCAGUGCAUUGGGAAGAAUAAGAAAUGUGACCAGAAUUUGGAUUGUAGUGACAACUCUGAUGAACAAGGAUGUUACACAACUGAGGAACCAGCUCCACAAGCCAGCAGUACAAUAGGUUCUGUUGUUGGUGUAAUUCUCACUCUUUUUGUUGUUACUGCUAUGUACUUCGUCUGCCAGCGGGUAUUGUGCCCAAGGAUGAAAGGGGAAGGUGAAACAAUGACAAAUGACUAUGUGGUGCAUGGGCCAGCUUCUGUACCUCUAGGCUAUGUGCCUCAUCCAAGCUCUCUCUCUGGAUCUCUUCCUGGAAUGCCCCGUGGCAAAUCUGUGAUCAGUUCACUCAGUAUUAUGGGUGGAAGCAGUGGACCUCCCUAUGACAGAGCUCAUGUUACUGGAGCAUCAUCCAGUAGUUCUUCAAGCACUAAGGGUACUUACUUCCCUCCAAUAUUGAAUCCUCCUCCAUCACCAGCUACAGAGCGUUCACAUUAUACUAUGGAAUUUGGUUAUUCUUCAAACAGUCCAUCAACUCAUCGAUCAUACAGUUACAGGCCAUACAGCUACCGGCAUUUUGCUCCUCCCACCACGCCAUGCAGCACAGAUGUUUGUGACAGUGACUAUGCUCCCAGCCGGAGAGUGAUGACAACAACCGUGGGCAAGGGUUACACAAGUGAUUUGAACUAUGAUUCUGAGCCUGUGCCUCCACCACCAACGCCACGCAGCCAGUACUUAUCAGCAGAGGAGAACUAUGAGAGUUGCCCGCCAUCUCCGUUCACGGAACGGAGCUACUCACAUCACCUGUACCCACCACCCCCUUCUCCCUGUACAGAUUCCUCAUGAGAAAUUCCCUCCCUCCUUUGACUGCCUCCAACUCACCAGUGUAAAUAAUGAUUUCCCUUAGCAAGAGGGGGGAGGACAUGAGGUAGGGCAUUGUGUGUACAGUUAAAAUGUAUUACAUGGGGUGGGGAAAGUGGGCAUGUAUAGAAGGCAGUGAUAAAAGUUAUUUAUAUUAUUUUACUAAAAACAGAGUUUGCUGCUUUGUGCCAUAAGAAUUUUUUAAAAAUUUGUAUACAAAGGGUUUUUUAUUUUUUCAAAUGGAACACAAGAAGAUGCCUUAAAUCAGUCAAGUGACUGACCAUAUAAGGAAAUGUUGCUGUUCAAUGAGCCAAAUACCAAAAAAGGGAGAGAGAGUGGGCUUUUUAAUAAGGAAAGAGGUCAAAGGAACCUGUCAUGAAGCAGCAUAUAUAAGUAGGUGCAAAGAGCUGAACUUGGAUUUUUAAUUCUGAUGGGCCAGCAGUUCAAAUCAAACUUGGAAACUGCAGGGCAGAAAACUAACAAUAUACAAAGGGCUUUGUUUUCUACAAGAAUCCAACAAUCACAGCAGUGACAAUUUUUAUGCAAAGUUCUGACCGUAAUAGCACCUUGUUGCAUAUGGAAGACUUGACAACAUUUUUCUUUUGACAUUAACUUUUUAUAUGGAUUCCAGACCAUUUUAUCAGAUACAUGUGAUAAAGUAGACUAAAACUCAAAAGAAAUUAAUGUCAAAUAAAACUUGUUAGCCUUUUACAUGCUACAGGACUCUUGAUAGUUUUUACUCCCACAGACCAAUAAACACCCCCACUCCCAAAGUUUUGAAAAUGGCAUCCUUUGUUUAUUUGAAAUAAAUCGUUUUAUCAUUUUGUUUCCCAUUCUGGAAGCAUCAGCCUUCUUGCUGGCUGUGCCUUGUUAGUUUUUUGUUUGUUAGUUAAUGCAGCCCUUCACUGAACAUUUCCCCAUGAUGAGAUAAGAAAUAGGCCUAGAAUGUGUUUGUACACACUGCCUCAGUUGCCUCCCUGUUCUGUUUUAUAGGGUAAGGGAGAUUCUGCAUUCAGAUACAUGAUGGGACCCCUGGAGUGCACACACAUGUGGCCUAGUCCCUGUCUUACUGCAGCUAUAGCCCUGGGGACCGAAACAAUGAACAAAAACACCUUUCUGUAUGUGUGUGCGCAUUUUAUAUAUAUAUAUAUACACACACACACACACAAAUAUGUGUGAGAGAGAAUUAUGGUUUUUUUUCUGUUGUCCUAUCAGCUCACUGCUGUUUCCAGGAUAAUGACAAGGGUAAUUGUACCUGAGUAAAUUUCCUGCCUGCUCUUCAAAAUAUUUCAAUGCUCCCCAAAGUUUUCAUAUUUUUAUACCACAUAAUAAUAAAUAAUAAUAAUGAUAAUUUAAUGUUGAAGUAAUAGUUUAAUGUAAAUUAAAUCCUAUAUUCUUGCAGUACUUUCAGUGUAUAGUAAAUGUCACAGUAUAAAUUUAUAUAUUUAAAAAUACUCUUGUCUUUAAUAGGAAGCUUUUACAAUUAUUUUCCUUCACAAUAGACUCUGAAGCCCUAGAUUGUUGGUAAUACUUCUUAUUCCUGUUGGUGCAGCUAUGAUGUUAAAUCAGAUGAUCCUUGCAGAGUGAUUUCAAGGUGCUGUUCAAAUCACUGUGAAUGUCUGUUAUUAGUUAUUAUUUGCCAAAGUAUUUUGUUAGCAUUAUAUAUUUUGUUUCACUUUGUCUUUGUCCCUUCACUCAUGUGGGGGAAGCCUUUAAUUUUAUAAUAGCUUUACAUAGUACCAGAAAGUCAGUACAUGAACCUGCUCUAAAUUUUCAUUUCCUGGAGUUUGCAGCAUUUUCUGUUGCUGCUAUUGCUGCAUACUGUUCAGGUGAUGAGCAUCUGAAUCAAGUCUUUCUUAAGUGUGAAUUUUAGGAAUUCAAAGUUGAAAAGGUUUUUGCAGGGGGUCUUCUUCCUAAAGUGCUGGAGUGCAAAUCAUAGGGGAGAAUCUUUGGAUGGUUGGAAAGUGGGGGUUACCCCAGUGGAUUUUGUUUAAGUUGCAUGAGGAGGUAUCAAGUACCUUCUUGAGAAACAGUUUUGCCCUGUUGCACAGCAGUAGCUGAAUAGUGCUAAGCAUCUCUUUGCAGCACUGGGCCAAAUGCCCACAGAUUGACUGAAAGAAAUCCCAACUGGGCCACCUUUCCGCUUCUAGGGCCUACAGAUAAAUGCACUGGCAGAAUGCUGUGCUCUACCUACUACAAAUAAAAUUUUGACCAUUACUGUGAUUUUUCACAGAUGUAAGAAAUGACAUUUUCUAAGAGCUGCAUUGUUCUAAUAGAUAUGCUAUGAUUUCUCCAGCAAACCUGCAUAGUGUUUGCUGAACUAAAUAGGCAAAGUGUGAAAACUUGAAGCCUAUGCCUUCAGUUGCUUGCCUCAAUACUGGGUCUCUGAUGGUAUAAAUUCCCCUUUAAUACUUUGUUUACUGUAGUAUAUAUUAAUGCAACUGAAAUAAUCACGGUAACCACAUUUAAUAUAUGAUACACUUUUUACUUUUUUCUUUGCUAGUCUCAGUUUAAGAUGUUUGAGACUGCAAUCAUUGCCUGCUUCUGAAUAUAUUGUUUCCUGGGCAUCUUUGCAAACUUGAGUGCUAUUUAAUUUCAGCUUCCAGAAGCUGAGUUUUGUUUCUACUUUAUGAACAAUCAUUUGGGUCUAAACUGUGUGCCAGAAAGUGCCCUUUACAAAAACUUGUCUUUGUUUCCUAGUUUUAAGUGCAUCGAAUUGGAAAUUCAUUGGGUUUAUUGAACUUGACUUCCAAAGGCAGGUGGAUCAAGAUUGCAACCCUAUAUUUAGAAUUAUUUUCAGGCUUUUGUUCUGAAGGCGAGUUUACACAGAUUCUGCAAAAAUGUUGGAUAACAGGCACUCCAUUUCAAAUUCUUGAAAUUCUGUAAUUGUUUGGCUCUUCUGUACAGGAAGGGCAUGCAUGGAUGAGGUCUUCUGAAAAAUUGAUAUAUUAUAAACAAAAAGGAAUUUCCCUGCAGUGAUCACUAUGUCAAAGCUGGAGUGAUAUGAAAAAACUCAAUGUUUGCACCACUCUGACAAGAAGUUAGUAUGUAUUUAUGUGGAUUCAGAGUAUUGCUUUGUCUCAGUCUAACUGCUUGUACUGUAUUAGCAACAAUCUUGCAAAGUGUGUAUCUGUGCCUAUUUCUGUUAUAAGGUGGUUGAGCUUAUGCUAUAGUAUUUUCUUUCUGUAGCAGAAACCGGAUUCCCUGCCUCCUGUGCAUUUAGAACGGUUAAGAAUCUUGUGAUCUUCCAUAAACCUUCCUCGCUUAGUUUCUCCAUACCUCACAACCUCUGAGGAUACCUGCCAUAGAUGUGGGCGAAACGUCAGGAGUGAAUACUUCUGGAACAUGGCUAUACAGCCCGGAAAACUUACAACAACCCGGUUAAGAAUCUUGUGAUCUUCCAUACAUUUUAGAACUUGGAAAUGCCGAGAGUUGCAGUUCACACAUCUGUAAAGUGUGUGUGAUGUAUACUCAAUUUAGAAGACUUAGUAUACAAAAAUACUUAGUUUUGUAUGAUAGGUAGCUGUCAGAUUUCAGUGAAAUAUAAAAAGCAACCCCGGAAAGCAAGCCGCUACCCUUGCCUUCUACCAAAUGCUGCUUUGACUCAACAGUAAUAACCUUGGAACAAGGUGAUCAGUUGCCUAUUUGUUCCAUUACUACAUGCUGAAACGAAUCCUAUAAUUCAAUUGUUGUUAGAGAUGAAUAGCAUCCCUUUAAAUGAAAAUAAAAUGUUUGGUCAUGGGCACUAGGCUGUGUAAGCUUGGCAUUUCCUUUAUCUUUCUUCAGUGCCAUUUUGGCCUUUUCCUAUAGUUAAUCACUUGUGUAUCACCUGUAGUCUCUGCAAACACUUUGUUUAGAAGGAAAUGUACUCGGGUCGUAAAGGGAGUGAAACUACAACAGCCUCCUUGGACCAAAAAGAAAAAAAGGCACACACUGAAUAAAACUAAAGAAAAGCUGUUGCUUUCUCUUGGGAGUUCAGUUAUUUCUGGGCUUUCCUGAAAGGGUAUUCUGCACUGUUCUCUUGUGCCAACAUCAUUUUAGGAGGAGUGUAUAAACUGCCACUUUUACCAACCCUUUAACCAGGAAAAAAGUUUAGAAAGAUUCAAAUGCUUGAGUUUUAAUUUAAUACUCUAUAAGCAGGUUUUGUUAAAACAGGUAAUACAGAGUUCAUUGUUUAAUGCAUUUCUAAACCAUUUUUUAAAAGAAAGAACAACUAUAAUGUGGAAACUUCUUUCUGUUUUAGAGUCUGCUUUUUAGACAUUUUGUUUUACAAAACACAGCGUUAAUCAGGUUUCAAACGCACCUGUUUAAAUUUUACACCUCGCAAUCACUGUACCAAAAAUAGCUUGUAGCUGGAUUAUUGGUAUAUUACCUUAAAAUCCAAUUCUAACAGAUGCCAAAUAGUGAAAGCAUUUGUUAGCAGAAAGUACUGAAUUUAAUAAAAUCACGCUUACCUGUGUUAUAAGCAGAUAAGAAUUAUAAAAUCCAAAAUCAAUGUGCAAACAUGUAUACUUUAUGUUUUGUUUGCUUCUGCUGCUAACUUCCAUAGUUCAAAGUCAUUUUUUUUAUUUUGACUAUACUAAUAACAAAGAACUACAGUGUAAAGCAGAUUUAAGAUACCUGGCAGCUUAUCACAACAUUUAAAUAAGGAAAGGGGAAAGCAGUUAGGUGUAGGCAUGCCUGUCUUAUUACAAAGGAAAUAAGAUGGCAACAGAAAUUUGUCUCCUCACAGAGGCUUGGACAGGUGGUAGGAAUAUUUCAGUUGAUCAUUGAGUUAAAUCUGUCACUGACUAGCUGACCAGGGGAAAAUGAAUAAUUUCAUUUAUAAAGGGGAGAUACUAUCUGUCAUAAGCUGAACAUACCUUGUGUGCAAGUGAAGGAUGUGGUACUGCUUUUGAACUUCUAAAUGUGUUAUAAAGGUUUUUGUUUUAAAAAAAUUAAUCUGUUGCUGUCUUUUAAAAAUCCAGCUAGCAUGUUCAUAGAUUUCUACACAGUGGUGCUUUGCAAGGAUGUAUUAUAAUGACCAACAUUUGGUCAGCCCUGUUCAUUCAUUCACUAACACUUUUUAUAUUGUAAAAUAAAAUCACUUUAUUUGAAAACUGUAUAUAUCCCAUGUACAAAAAUCCCCAAUCCUUUUCCAAUUAUUAUACAUGGAGCUGUAACAAAUAAAAUGUUGAUUUUUAUAAGCUUCA